AGCGCUCCUCGGACGGCCGGGCAUUCACCACUUCUACGACACAACACGACACGACGAGAGAAACAUGGGGAACACACACGAGAACGUCUGACGAAGGGGAGAUCGGAAGAAAAUGUCACGGACUAACUGGAAGAUGAAGCGACCGCACAUUGACGCUUACCUGUCACCGACGAGCAAACGGAAUCUGUUGGUCUUCGACGAGGAGUACCAGAACACGUGAGGCCAUCACCCCUGACGUCGCCGCGCGGUCCGAGCAGAGAGAAAAGAAGGAAACAUAAAAUGUCCGCGGCUGUGUUCGCCGAGCAGGCGGCGAUGGAGAGAUUCGGUGGCGCGGGGACGGCGCUCCUGCCCUGGACCAGACAGAUGCUCAGCGUGGUGUGGGAACAGCUGCGGCUGCUGGUCCAGGUCAUCUACUGCUCCUUCAUGUCAGUUUUCCAAAUGUUCAGGUUUGAGGUUCACGUGAGAAUCACCGACGAAAGCGGUCAGCACAUCCAGCACAUGAGCACGGCGGCCAACCCAGCCGAGUCCUUCCUGUUCUCCUCGUUGUUUGACGGAGACGGCGGUUCCAACCCCCUCUCCGAGUUCUGUGCGGACGUCGGCGACCCCUUCGCCGGCAAGUCCACCGCCGAGGCCCUGCUGUCCAGUCUGCGUGCCGACGACCUGUGCGACUUUGUGUCCCGCACGGCCGGGGAAGAGGAGGGCAUCUUCAUCGGGCACCAGUCCACCUGGAAAAUGGGCUUCCCCGGCGACUGGAACGUCUUUGUGUCGAGCAGCGACAGCUCAAGUUCGAACAAGGCCUGUUUCAAAAGCCCCGAGGAUUUCUUCAAGCAGGAUCUUAAAAACGAAAAAGUUGUCACACGGGACACGUCAGAAGACCUGGAGGGAACCGACUGGAGCAGCGAGGAAGAGCAGAACCUAGUCGAAUUUGACAGUGAGGAAAGCCAGGCCCUUUGGGAGUCUCUGUCAAACUCCAGUGAUCCCUACAACCCCUUCUUCUUCUCUGCGUGUAUUUCAACAUACACGGGCAUGGGGAAAAGCAAAGGCGAAGCGAGGGCCACCAGCGACACUGACAUUAUGUCAGUGAGCAAGGCCAGUGAGGAGAUGUUGUUGCCCCGAGGCCUGAACAUCUGGGUCAGUCGCUCGGACAGCGAGAGCAGUUGGGCCAGUUCGGACGAUUCCAGCCCUGACGUCGACAAGGAGGAGAGCGAGCGGCUGUGGGAGUUCUUCAGCAGUCCUGCAGACCCUUACAAUCCCAUGUUCUUCUCUGCGUGCACCCUCAGCAGCACGUCUCCUCGAACCACCAGCACCAGCACCACAGUCUCUAAAGCGCAGGCCUCACUUCCCGCGCCCCCGUCCAAGUCAUACACAGACGCUGAUGGCAGAGAGAGCAGCUUUCCUCCCUCAUCUGAGGACGACGACGACGACGACGAGCAGCUGUGGAAAUCUCUCUGUCCGAAGGAUGACCCGUUCCACCCUCUCAACUUCCAGGCCUGUCUCCAGAGCUCCCCGACAACGGCUCUUGAGUCCAAGGAAGCUCCAGAUGCCCUCGACGUCCACCACACGACCAAGCUGCCCACAAAGGGCAAUAGACGUGACAAAGACUCAAAAACGGGCCAAAAACCCAGAUCCACCAAGCCCCCUCUGCCAGACAGGCUGCUGAAGCCCCACUCCCAUCCAGACAAAACACUGGUGCCUUGGAAAAGACCUGGACAGACACCUCCGUCACCUCCAGAGGAGAGGCAGGAGAGCGAAGCAGGCACCGCCCAGAAGAAGGUGCGAUUUUCUCCUGUCGUCCAAGUCCACGCGAUGCGGACGUGGCCGUUUGCUCGCCAGGCGUCCCGUAAAGGCCACUGGGAGGUGAUGGCCCGCGACCGGGACCGCUUCCAGAGGCGCAUCCGGGAAACGGAGCCGACCAUCCGCCACGUCCUCGAGCAGUCCCACAGAGAGAAGAUCCAGGCGUACCUGCACGGUGCCUUGAAGUGAAAAAAAAAAAGAGAAAAAUCCUGAACAUUGAAUGUUUAAUUUCCUUUUUUGGACGAGAACUUGUGAUUGGUUGCAAUGCAACAGUGAUUUUGAUUUUAGGCCAUUUAGAAAUUUUGAUGUUAGGCCAACGUCAAUGUUCGGUGUCAUGUUGAACAACUUUGUACCUCAAAAGGUUUUGUUUUACAUUUGUGGCUGUUGCACUGACUAACACUUUUCUCAUAUUAACCUCAGCAUUAAUGUGUGGAAUGUUGUUUUUGUAUGCCUUAUAUACUGACCUAGUAAUGUAACUUAUUUAUGUCCUAUGGGGCUUGUCAUUUAAUUUUUUUUGUACGGUUUUACUGUUUGUGUUAUUUAAUGUGAGACAAACCACAGUGGUGACUCGAGGAAGUACUAGUAGAUGAUGAUGAUGAUGAUGAUAUCAUUAAAAGCAGAGUGUUUUGAAAAGUUUAAUUUAAACAUGAUGGAUACAUAUCAGACAAUCCUGGUUUAGUUGUUGUUCGAAAGUUUCAGUUCUUGAAAUUGUUGUUUUUGUCUUGUAUUUUUCUUUUACGAUGGCACAAAUGUGGCCUUUUAGCACUGAAUUUGAAGAUGUGUAUCUUUUUAUAUUCCAUUCACUGCAAAGUUCCAAACACUGUCCCAUGUGACUCACUCAGCUUCUGGUGGUAACAUCACAUCGCUGAAAAUAUGUCCAAAAAAUCAGUUGUAGCUAAAUUUUUCAGUUGGUGUUUUGUCAAAUCAAUAAAAAAGAUUGUAUCCCCA